AGCCUUCCACGUGCGCUAAAGCGGUGUUGUCACGUGAGAUAGGGCAGCCAAUAGUGUAGCGUUUCGUGUAGGAUUCGCUCUAGAGUUACGGCCGCCGUGUUCGUCCGCCCAGACCAGGGGGGCGAAGAGCGCGCGGAGCAGCAGGCGCUUCAGAAAUGGCUACCACACAGUCUGUCUUCACAUUUGCUCUCUGCAUUUUAAUGAUAACUGAAUUAAUAUUGGCUAGAGAAAGCUACUAUGACGUUUUAGGAGUUCCAAAAAAUGCAUCUGACCGCCAGAUCAAGAAGGCAUUUCACAAACUGGCCAUGAAGUACCACCCAGACAAAAACAAAAGUCCUGGUGCAGAAGCAAAAUUCAGAGAAAUUGCAGAAGCAUAUGAAACGUUAUCGGAUGAGAAUAAACGAAAAGAAUAUGACCAAUUUGGCCAUGGUGGAGGACAAGGAAAUAAUGGAAGCCCAUUCCAACAGUCAUUUAAUUUCAACUUUGAUGACUUGUUCAAAGAUUUUGACUUUUUUGGGCAAAACCAAAACUCACGGUCAAAGAAGCAUUUUGAAAAUCACUUUCGGGGUCAUCGGGAGGCUCACAGCAGGCAAAGACGUUCUUUCCAAGAUUUCUCCUUUGGAGGUGGACUGUUUGAUGAUGUGUUUGAAGAUAUGGAAAAAAUGUUUUCUUUCAGUGGCUUUGACAGUGCACACCAGCACACAGUACGAACUGAUAGCAGAUUCCAUGGAUCUAGCAAGCAUUGUAGGACUGUCACUCAGCGCCGAGGAAACAUGGUUACUACAUACACAGACUGUUCUGGACAAUAACACUUCCAUUUUCUUCCAUAUUUCUCUUCCCGUUUCCUCACCUUGAUGAUUUUCUUGUUUAGUUGCUAGUAUGGAACAGAAACUCUUCUCUGAACUGUCUGAUAAACUAUUAAAGUAUUUAACGUAAUUGCAGUAAAGAAAUUCAAUUAAACUAAUUCUUGCAUCUGAAACAACAUGCAGCAAAGUGGGAGAUGAGUGCCCCGUUAUCUGUCUAGAAAGGGUGUGUGUGUGUGUGGGGGGGAAAUAAAUCCCAUAUCAUAAAACAAGAUAAAUGGUUACUAAAUUGAAAUAUAUUUCAAUCUUUUAACAUAUGAGGAGUUUUUUAUAUUCUUAACUUAACAUGACUUUUGUCUAUACCCCUGGUAGGAUGUUUGACUUACUGAUGCAUGUAUAGCCACAUGAGUUAAACUAACUUAUUGUGAAGUGUUACACUUAAAACUUCCUCUUUUUUUUUUUAAUUUAAAUUAUCCUUAUAGACUAGACUUGCAGUAUUCAGCUGCUGUAGACGACGUUGUGGGAACUAUGUAUAAUUCACACACAAUACAGCAGUGGAAAUUUAGCUCAUCUCCAUUUUAACUUGCAUGAUCAGUUCUAAAUGUGAAUGUAGAACAUCUUUAGAACCAUGUAAUGAACAGUGUAAGGAACCAUUGCCUGGAGUUUAGAAGUUUGUUUGUAUUUCGAAAUGUCCUUUCAUUGGCCACAAGCCUGUAAAGAUUUUAGCAUGAGCAUUACUGUGCAUAUGUGAGUUGUCUGACUCCAGUGGGACUACUUUUGUGUGUAAAGUUAUGUACAUGUAAGUCUUUGUAGAAUCCUGGACAUUAUCUAUCUAAAAAGUAAAUAUGAGAACCUGUAUUAUUGCAGUACAUAACUUGCUGCUUAGUUAUUUCCCCCUGGAAAAUGGGGUAGUGAAAUUUUUACUUUUUAAAUUCUCCUCAUGUUGCUAUAGUGAACUUAAACUAAGUAAAAUUAAAUUCCUGUGUCUGAUGUGACUUGUAGGUCAAACAAGUACAUUUUUGUAGUAAAUAGAUCUGCAAACCACAUUGCAGAUUUCUUCAUUUAAAAGAAUUAUUGGCCCAGCUUCACAACUUGAAAGGUAAACUCUCCUCAAAGUGAGUAAACAGCAAAAUUGAAAGUUAGACUUCUUGUGGUAUUUGUUUAGUUACAUUUGGCAAUUGAGUCUGCUGUAAUGGUGGCAUUUGCUGUACAGCCAUCAAUGAAGUCUGUAAGCCAAUAUAAACUGGAAGAAAAACCUUCAGUAUUCAAAUGUCACCCUAAUAGAUCUCUACAUCAAUCCUUGAAGAUUUUCUUUGAAUAUUAAAUAUAGGACUGGCUGGACUUCCAUGUAGUCACUGUAUCAAACUGCAUCUUUUCAGUAAGAUGGCCGCCACGCACAAUCGAGAAUUGCCAGUUGUGACUUUAAUUAAUUUUUAGAUAUACAUUUCACUUAAUUUAUGUGUGAACUUACUUUUUACAUUGAUUGAGCAAACAGAGUGCAGGCUUCUGUAAGUUGCAGUGUCCUAAAUAGAUUUCAUCUGUUUAAAAAGCCCUAGACUAAUUUUAUUAUAAGGGAGAGACUUUGCCCUUCAGCUCUCAUUUAAUAUUUCUCAGCUACAUCCUCACUCAUCGUGCUAAACUUCCCACGACUGUCAAUAUCGUCUUUUGUUAAAUUUCACUCACCUAGAAGUCUAGAAAGGAUUUUUGUGUUAUAUUAAGUGCUUUCUCUUUCAUCCUUUGUCUACUUUAUUUAUAAAUUGACUAAUACCUCAUAUUCUGUCUUUAUAAAAAGCCAGUAAUUUGUGAAACCUUAUCAGAAUGUGCAAUAUUCUUAUGGUAGAAAGAAAUUUUGCUUUUGUUUUUUGUGCAAGUAAAUUUUAAUUCUGUUGUGUACUUUAAUGUAAAUGUCUGCACUUUUUCCAUAACAUACUUCAUAUGGAUAUUAAUCCUAUGGAUAAAUUUAAGCAAAAAUAGCACCUGUCAUUCAUACAAUAUGGGUAUGUAAGUAAACAAAUAUUUAUAACUUGA